GACAGUUGGGAUCCUGACAAGGAAAGGUAUAAACACAAGCCACAUAAGUAAAGACAGCAUCAAUUCCCGGCAAUGGAGCUUUGACUCAUGGUAACAGAUGCCUCAAGCUGUGAAAGACAAACACAUACAGCAGUGUGUUUAGGCCUAUAGCUCCAGGGCUUCCCUUGUGCCCCCGUGCAGAGAGGAGCCCCAGGGGACUGACGGCAGCUGAGAUUAAAAACAAGGCUCAAGUCAAAUCAUGGCAGAGGAAAGCCUGGAGACAGAUGGCCCCAGAUCAUCUAUGCCGGCUGAGCUCCACCAUCCCUAUCCUAAGUACACUCAGUGGAAGUUUAAACUGUUUAGAGUGAAGUCCAUGGAGAAGGCCCCUAUGUCAAGUGAGACAAAACUUGAGAAGGAAGCCAUGUCUGGGAUCGCUAAAUCCUACGUCUGUACAGCUCCAAAUGUACAGUUAGAUAAUGGUAGUACAGGUAGCAUUAUGAAAUUUUGCCCAGAUGCAAAAAGCAAGAAAACUACUGAACCACCUGACCAGAGCAUGGACAUGAAGCUCGCAGAAAUUGACACUCACAUGAACCACCUCAGAGGUCUGUGCCGUCUUUGUGGAAUCUCAUUAAGAAAAAUCAGCGGCCCAAUCCAUGAUGUUCACGCAGUUCUGGAUAACGACAGCAAGAAUUGCUUACGCAAAAUGUGCUGUACAUCAACAAAAUGGCCAGAGGUCAUCCACAAGGUUUUUAAAGUGGAUGUGACUGAAGAUACAGAAUCCGUCCACCCGCUUUCCUUCUGCCAUCGCUGCUGGAUGACUGCCAUACGAGGAGGGGGUGUAUGCAAUCUUUCCAAGACAAAAGUCCCUGAGUGGAAACCUCAUUGCACCCUCUGUCAUCUUUGCUCACCCAAGAAACAAUUAUUCCACAAGACUGGCAGAAAGAGGAUGAAAACCACUCCCAGAGCCCAAAGCUUAGCAAAAAGACCCAAGUUGGACCACAACCACAUCACUGUCAGUGGUGAGAGUCGAGUUCUGAGACCAUUUGGCGGCCAUCUUCAUGGAUAUGUCCUUAAGACAUGGAGAAGUCCCAGUGUCCAAAGGGAGCAUUGGGUGAGGACCAUCACACACUGUCAGAAAGAGCACCUGAGUAGCAACCUUAUAUCUGAGAAUUUCCCAGUUGAUUUCCUCUGUUCUUUCACUUGCAUGGUGUGUGACCAUCUGCUCUCUGACCCAGUUCAAGCCCCCUGUGGGCACCUCUUUUGCCACAACUGUAUUAUGAAAUACAAAAACUUUAUAGGGCCUCACUGUCCUUCCUGCAACUUACCCUGCUCCAGCGAUGACCUCAUUCCUCCUGCAAAAACCUUUUUGUUAGUCCUGCAUUCUCUGCUUUUGCUCUGUCCGAGAGACGGCUGUGGUCAGCAUGUAAAACUAGACUCAUUUAAAGCUCACUGUAUGAGCCAUGAUGCGGAAAAGCAGGAUGCUAGACAGCAAUCAUCACAGCUUGACAACUACCUGAUAACCAAUAAAGGGGGAAGACCUCGCCAGCACUUGCUAUCCCUCACGCGUCGUGCCCAGAAGCAUCGACUGAGGGAUCUGAAGAACCAGGUGAAGAUGUUUGCAGACAAAGAGGAAGGUGGUGACCUAAAGUCUGUGUGUCUGACACUAUAUCUGCUGGCACUGAGAUCUGGGAAUGAACACCGGAUGGCAGAUGAGCUGGAGGUCACGAUGCAAGGCAGAGGCUUUGCGUUGCACCCUGCUGUGUGUUUGGCCAUCCGGGUCAAUACUUUCCUGAGCUGUAGCCAGUAUCACAAAGUGUACCGGACUGUCAAAGCCACCAGCGGCCGCCAGAUCUUUCAGCCCUUACACAGUUUGCGUGCUGCAGAGAAAGAGCUUCUCCCUGGCUUUCACCAGUUUGAAUGGCAGCCAGCUUUGAAGAACGUCUCUUCAUCUUGCAACGUUGGUAUCAUAAAUGGGCUCUGUGGAUGGACUUCCUCUUUGGAUGACUCACCAUCCAAUACCAUCACACGCCGAUUCCGCUAUGAUGUGGCUCUGGUGUCCGCAAUAAAGGAUCUGGAGGAGGACAUUGUGGAGGGGCUGAGAAAGAAGGGGGUGGAAGACAGUGCCUGUACCCAAAGCUUCAAUGUUACGAUCAAAGAAUCUUGUGACGGCAUGGGAGAUGUCAGUGAAAAGCACGGCGGAGGACCAGUUGUUCCUGAGAAAGCUGUUCGUUUCUCUUUCACCAUUAUGUCUAUUUCUGUAUUGCUUGGUGAAGAUAAUAAGCAGGAGGUUACAAUCUUCACUGAGCCAAAGCCAAACUCAGAAUUGUCUUGCAAGCCCCUCUGUCUGAUGUUUGUUGAUGAAGCGGACCACGAAACACUCACAGCUGUCUUGUCGCCCUUGGUUGCAGAACGUAGCACAAUGAAGGAGAGCAGGCUCAUCCUGUCGAUAGCUGGACUGCCUCGAUCCUUCCGCUUCCAGUUUAGAGGGUCAGGAUACGACGAAAAGAUGGUCCGUGAAUUGGAGGGCUUGGAAGCCUCUGGAUCCACGUAUGUCUGCACACUGUGUGACUCGAGUCGAGUGGAGGCCUCUAAAAAUAUAGUACUUCAUUCUGUCACACGCAGUCAUGAUGAGAACUUGUCUCGCUAUGAAAUCUGGAGAACUAAUCCAUUUUCUGAGUCUAUAGAGGAACUGCGGGACAGAGUCAAGGGGGUCUCUGCCAAGCCCUUCAUGGAGACCCAAUCCACACUUGAUGCGUUACACUGUGACAUUGGUAAUGCCACUGAGUUCUACAAAAUUUUCCAGGAUGAAAUAGGCGAGGUGUACCGAAACAAAAAUCCCAGCCGGGAGGAACGGCGCAGCUGGCGGGCAGCCCUGGAUAAAGCACUGAGGCAGAAGCUGAAACUCAAACCUGUGAUGAGGAUGAACGGCAACUAUGCCCGGAAGCUAAUGACCUUCGAGGCUGUGCAAGUGGUGUGUGAGCUGGUGCCCUUAGAGGAGAGGAGGGAGGCCCUGAGGGAGCUGAUGCGGCUGUACCUCCAGAUGAAGCCUGUGUGGCGCUCUACAUGCCCAACCAAAGAGUGUCCUGACCAGCUCUGCCGCUACACCUUCAAUUCCCAGAGUUUUGCUGACCUCAUUUCCACUACUUUCAAAUACAGGUACAAUGGCAAAAUAACCAAUUAUCUGCACAAGACCCUGGCCCAUGUCCCCGAAAUAAUUGAGCGUGAUGGAUCCAUCGGUGCAUGGGCUAGUGAGGGGAAUGAGUCAGCAAACAAACUGUUCAGGCGUUUCCGUAAGAUGAAUGCACGUCAGUCAAAAGCCUUUGAGCUUGAGGAUGUCUUGAAACAUCACUGGCUCUACACAUCAAAGUACUUACAGAAGUUUAUGCAGGCUCAUAAGUACUCUGCCAAAGCCACCAUUGACCCAACAAAAUUCCAGGACAGUGAAAGUGUGGCCCACGAGGUCUUUGAUUUUUGAUAUGUUUUGUGUGAAAUUAAGCAUAAAUAUUUCAAUUUCACUUAUUUGAUGUAAUUUGGUUUUAAGUUUUUCUUUUAAACUCCUAUUCUUUUAAAACGUUUUCUCUGAGAACUUUGUCAAGUUUCAGUUUGUUUAUUCAUUCAUUUAUUAAUGUUGGACUUGACAGAACGACAAUGUUUAAGCUGUUGGACUUUAUUAAUUGUAUGUCUUGGCUUUUUGGAUGGUCAUGUUGAAAUGGUAGUGAAUUUAUAUACACAGUCACUGGCGGAGCUAGAGGGGAGGCCACGGGAAUACUGCCACCCCUUAAAUAUGUGCCAGGCCCAAUAAUUGACUUUUUGGUAUUCUCUUAAGAAUUACUUUCAGAACACCUUACUUUCACCUUUACUUUCUGUAAAAAAAAAAAAAAAGGAAUUUAUUUUGCAGACACACUAAGAUAACCUUACCCCCCCCCACCCGAAGAAAAAAAUCUUAGCUCCGCCAGUGGAGUCAGUGACACACAGACUCUCAUUUGGCAACAAAAAAGUCUUUUUUCUUUUCCUAUGAGUGAAAUGUGGCUUAUUUUAUUGCAGGCAUGUGACAGCUUUAUGAAUUUAUGAAGUGGAUAUUUAUGAAAGCAGACAAAAAUGGUAUAACUCAUAGUGGAGAAAUGUGUUAAAUUGACCAUAUUUGAGAAUUUGUGGUCAUUUUGAAGAGAGAAAAAUGUAAUCACAGCAAGUUUAAUGCUAUUUGUUUCAUGGCUGCCCUCUGCAAAAGAUUAAUUUAUUGCUUUAUCCUGGCACCCUCGAGGGGCGGAAUAUCUGCCAGGUCACUUUGAACCAAAUUUUAUCUUUUUUAUUUUGUACACAUUAGAUAAUACAUCAUGCUUUAUUCGACAUCUUCACAUAAAAUAAAGCAUAUACUGGCCUUUUUCAUAAAUCCUUAAAAUGCAUUUUAAAGCCAAACGUCUUGCAGAGUCUCGAGCAGGGAUUUUUCUUUAGCUCGGUAUAAAACUGCACUUUUCCUCUUUUGACAUAUCUUCAUCACACUGGCUUAAGAUGGAGGAGGGACAGAAGGAUGUUAUAUAAAGUUUGUUGGCAACUUUAUUUCUUUGAUUGAUUGCAUUGUCUUUUCCUGCCCUUGACAUUUGUGGGUGCGACAAGCAAUUUUGUUUUCUUAUUUUAUUGGAUGUUUGAUUCCUUUUUACUGUCAUAAGUGCAACAAUACACCAGCAGGGCUGUCACUGGCCUCAACAGACAUCAUCUUUUAGAAUGCAUUUUAUGACGGCUUGUCUCAUAGAUGUGUUUUUGCAAAAUAAAUUGCAUCUCCAAGUAAAUUGGUGAUGGAUGAUUCACAAACA